UACAGGAUGGCAGCUGGCUGCUGCAGUGAGACUGUUUGUCUUGUACCUGGCCAAGAAUGGCUGUUGAAUUAUAUGCAAAACACUUCUAGCAUUAAGAAGUUCAAGGGCAAAGUUGGUUUUGACAUGAAAUAUCUUUUGCCAGGGAAGUGGUGUGACACCCAGCUGGAUGAACAUCCAACAGCAUGGAAAGCUGGGUGAUGCAAAGCAUGGGACUGUGUGAUUUUUCCACCAUGUUUGGGAAGAAGAAGAAAAGGAUUGAAAUCUCUGGCCCCUCCAACUUUGAACAUCGGGUUCACACUGGCUUUGACCACCGUGAGCAGAAGUUCACAGGACUACCUCAGCAGUGGCACAGCUUGCUUGCAGACACAGCAAACAGGCCGAAGCCUAUGGUGGAUCCGUCAUGCAUCACUCCCAUUCAGCUUGCGCCUAUGAAGACUAUUGUUAGAGGAAAUAAGCCUCGAAAGGAUACUUCAAUCAACGGCCUACUGGAAGAGUUUGACAAUAUCUCGGUCACACGAUCCAAUUCCCUGCGGAAGGAAAGUCCUCCCACCCACCACCAAGGAAAUGUCAACCAUGUGCCAAGACAUCAGGAGGAAAAUGGUUAUAUCACCUAUUCCCAGUACUCCAGUGAGUCAGACACUACAACAGACUAUGUUGUGGAAAAAUAUCGAGACAAGACUCUUUAUGGGGAAGAGUUAGACAGGUACUACAAAGGAGGCUAUGCUGCCAAGCAGAAUGGGCACAUGAUGAAGGUGACUUCCCAGGACAUUUAUUAUUCAGAAGUGGCACCCCUGCAGUCAGACCUCUCCAGGUUCCUCCCAGAAUACCACACACACCUGGAGACAAAGCCUAAACCACUGGAAUAUGGUCCCCUAAAGCUGGAAUAUCAGCGGAUUCCCAGCGGAUCCUCCCUGGACUACAGGGAUCCCUUUCCUUACACUCCAUCCCGAGCAUCAGUGCAGAGUGAAUGCCCCAAGGACAGGCUGGAGUACAGUGAUGGUGACUGGGGACAUGGCCUCGGCAAGGAUGACUACAAGAGGCCGAAGUCAUCCUAUGUGGACCCAGCAAGCCCUCAGCCAGCGAUGAGGCAAAGGUCCAGGUCAGGCUCUGGUCUGCAGGAGCCAGCUAUGCCCUAUGGAGCAAAUGCUUUUAAAGCACACCAGCAAGGACAUUCCUACAGCUCCUACACCUACCCCCGUUUGUCUGAAACUGCAGCAGGCAUCCCCAAGGUGGAUUACGAUCGAGCACAGCUGGUUGUUAGCCCACCGCUUUCUGGAUCAGACACCUACCCCAGGGGCCCAGUAAAGCUACCUCAGAGUCAGAGCAAAGUCAGCUAUUCAAGUAGCAGCUACCAGUACCCUCUGGUCUACCACAAAGCAUCCCACUAUCACCAGCCAUCUCUCCAGCCCAGCUCUCCCUAUAUUUCCACUGCCUCCUACCCCAGCUCCCCAGGUAUCACGUCAAGUGCUUAUCCUCCACCCAGUUGGGGAUCCUCCUCAGAACAGCAGCCUUCCAGGGUGUCCCAUGAACAGUUCAGAGCUGCCCUGCAGCUUGUGGUUAGCCCUGGUGACCCCCGGGAGUACUUGGACAACUUCAUGAAGAUCGGGGAGGGCUCCACGGGGAUUGUCUGCAUCGCCACUGAGAAACACACGGGAAAGCAAGUCGCUGUGAAGAAGAUGGAUCUCAGGAAACAGCAGAGAAGGGAGCUGCUCUUCAAUGAGGUUGUAAUCAUGAGAGAUUACCAUCAUGAAAACGUGGUUGACAUGUACAGCAGUUACCUUGUUGGCGACGAGCUGUGGGUUGUGAUGGAGUUUCUGGAGGGCGGUGCUUUGACUGACAUAGUGACUCACACCAGGAUGAAUGAGGAGCAGAUAGCCACCGUCUGCCUGUCCGUCCUGAGAGCCCUGUCGUACCUGCACACCCAAGGGGUCAUCCACCGUGACAUCAAAAGUGACUCCAUCCUUCUCACAAGCGAUGGGAGGAUAAAAUUGUCUGACUUUGGCUUCUGUGCCCAAGUGUCCAAGGAGGUCCCCAGGAGGAAGUCACUGGUUGGGACGCCCUAUUGGAUGGCUCCGGAGGUGAUAUCCCGCCUGCCCUACAGCACCGAGGUGGAUAUCUGGUCCCUGGGCAUCAUGGUGAUAGAGAUGAUAGAUGGUGAACCUCCUUACUUCAAUGAGCCACCACUACAGGCCAUGCGCCGAAUCCGGGACAACUUACCGCCCCGGGUGAAGGACAUGCACAAGGUCUCCUCAGUCCUCCGGGGCUUCUUGGACUCGAUGCUGGUGCGGGAGCCCUUGCAGAGAGCCACAGCACAGGAACUGUUGAGACACCCAUUUCUCAAACUGGCUGGGCCCCCUUCUUGCAUUGUGCCCCUCAUGAGGCAGCACAGGCAUCGCUGAAGCCGACAACUUUCUGGGAGGAAGUCAGUGCAGAGUCUGGAUAACAGCUGCGUAGGAAUCCCAGCAGUUGCAGGGAAAACACAGGCAGGGAUGAGAGAAGGCUGAGGAGGAAAACCAGCCCUGCAGAAAUAACGCAGUACGUAAAAACCCAACGAGGUGCUCUCGGGCUGUGGGGGACUGGGGAGUGAUCCUGGUCACCAGUCAGGUGGCCACACUCUGCUGUGGACCAUUGCACCCCAGUGCUGUUGUCUUCUCAGCCAUCCAGGGAGAAGGCAACAAAUGCAAACAAGGUUGGAAAGAUAGUUAGCACAACUGGUAUUUUAUUGCAGGCUACGGCACUUCUAUUUUAGAAGAACACUUUUCUGCCCAAAAGACAAAGCACUUUUUAUCUCGGUCAUAGCAGCGCAAUGUAUUUUGCAAGGGAUUUGUAACUUUGUGUACAGUACGUUUUGAUAACUUGCAGUACUUUGUCACGUAACUGUUGUGUUAGUUGAAGUAAUCCAUGGCAUUUAGCAACAAUUUGAGACGAUAAAGUUUCCUACUUUUUUAACCCUUUUGAAAACAGAAAAAAACCACCACACACCUUUAGGAAGUCAGGUUUUGCAGAUUUUCCACUGAGGUGAGGAGAGCUCUCAUCCUGUCGUCAUGGCAGCCUGAAGAGCCAAGGGUGACUGACACCUGUGGGAGCACCGGCAGGCUGGCUGUGGGCGCUCACCCUCAACACCACCAGUGAUGCAGCGGCCAGCGGAGCUGCUGCUGAAUGUUACCGCUCACCAGGGUCUCCCUCCCCGCUUCUCUAGCCAAUGCCGCUGGCGUAGGUUUGCUCAAGGGUCACCUCCCCAUCCUGUGGCAGCCUCUCUGCUUCAUGCCACCACAAGGCCAGUUUUGUUAUCACAAAAUCACCAUCGUUUCUGUCGCGCUCUGGCAGUGGAAAGGGAUGUCAGGAGCUGCUGCCCGCCCAGCAGGUCUCUGGAGUGCAGGGUGUUGUGAUGCAUCACGAGAUGUUUGCCAUAUAGAAGUCGUGCUGCUGUCUAGACCUUUUUGAAUGUUGAUGCAACAGUUGACUACUGCAGUACAAUUUUGUGUUAGUUGUUGGAUGACUUUGCAUGUUAACUGUAGGCCUGAAUAGCUUCACCUUUAAAAUUUUUAGAAGUGCUUCAUCAUUAUUUCAAUUCUAAAUGAAUUUUAUUUAUUAAUGAGUUCUUUUUAAUUAUGUGUAAUACAAAAGCCAUGUUUUCCAGGGUUGUGGGUUUUUUCCUUACCUCAUUUUGCAGUACCAUUAAGAAACACAAGGCCAAUUUUGUGGAAACUUUUUGCAGGUUUCUUUCCUAGGGAGUUUCAUAGUGAAUAAAUGAAUUGGUAUUUAUUGUAGUAAAUUAGAACCAGACGUACAAACGUGGCAGGAGCUGUUGCUUAAAAAUCUUCCUCUGGGACAGCAGUGCCGCCAACAGCAAAGCAGCUCCUGUAGUACUACCCUUAGGGAGUAUUUGAAGGGAGAGAAACAAAGAGGAGACAAAAGAACUGAAACAUGGAACAACUGUUCUUACAGCUGUGUGGUUUACUCCCUGCUGCUUUCUCUUCUUUACCCAGUUUGCAUAUUUUAAAACAACACUACAGCAACCCUGUUUGUCACCUGCCCCCUACCUGCAGAAACCUGGCAGAGUGCAAAACCCACAGCCUUCCAAGGGGGUUCUGUUCU